AGCCCGCUCGCUCGCGCCUCGCUCUCAGACGCUCCCAAUCCAGACGCACGCAAGGCGCUGUCCUUUCAGCACCACAAGCUCGGGCCGAGGAGGGAGGACUCCUGGCCAUCCUCCUCCUCUUCAAAUUGGCUUGAAUCUGCUCUGACCCCCAAGAGUGCAGCACAGUCUGGGAAGAAAGGCGUAAGGAUGGUGAAGCUGAACAGUAACCCCAAUGAGAAGGGAACCAAGCCGCCUUCUGUUGAGGAUGGCUUCCAGACCGUCCCUCUCAUCACUCCUUUGGAGGUUAAUCACUUACAGCUGCCUGCUCCGGAAAAGGUGAUUGUGAAGACAAGAACGGAAUACCAGCCUGAACAGAAGAACAAAGGGAAGUUCCGGGUGCCGAAAAUUGCAGAAUUUACGGUUACCAUACUCGUCAGCCUGGCCCUAGCUUUCCUUGCCUGCAUCGUGUUCCUGGUGGUUUACAAAGCCUUCACCUAUGACCACAGCUGCCCAGAGGGAUUUGUUUAUAAGCACAAGCGCUGUAUUCCGGCCUCCCUGGAUGCUUACUACUCAUCCCAGGACCCCAGCUCCAGAAGCCGCUUCUACACGGUCAUCAGCCACUACAGCGUGGCCAAGCAGAGCACUGCCCGGGCCAUCGGGCCGUGGCUGUCGGCGGCCGCCGUCAUCCACGAGCCCAAGCCACCCAAGACCCAGGGCCACUAGAGGCCCAGCCCCAGCCAGAAUGGGGGGCGGAGAGGGGGACCCCUGUUGGCUAAGCCAAGCUCCAGUUACAACACUGUACUCCUGGGAUAUGGGGGUGGGGGUGGGGCUGGGGGUGGGUUGGGGGGGAACUCACCGAAAAUAUCGUGCACUGGAGUUGUCUGAAUCGAUAUUUCUUUUCAUCCCUUGGUAUUGUUGAUUCGUCCCCAAGUCAGGCUCAUGUACAAAGGCAUGUUCCGUGUUGACUGUUCCUGUGUAAGAUAUUUUCAAUGCCACUGCUUAUUAUUUGUUAGGAAAAUUUAAAAACAGAAAAGGAAAGGGAAACUGAAUGGUAAAGGUUUAGACUGGCUGCAUCUGGAAGAUGUGGAAGGGUAGGAAAGAUGCUCUGGGCUUCUUGGCAGAGAGUUGGCAGCUUCAGUGUGGGCUGCGGAAGGUACAGAACUUGUGAGGAGCAGGCGGGGCUGUUUGCUUGGCCUCUGGUCUGUAGAGGAAGAACUCUAGAAGUUAGAAACUGCCCAGCUGGAGAGAAGGACUGAUUUUGGCACUUGUAAGCCCAGGAUGCACACAACCCAGAGUGAAAAGCCGCCACCAUGGUGCGCUUUGAAGGUUAGUGCAAACUUUCAACUGUAUGGACAUCAGAGCUGGGCUUGGGCUGACCCACGUGGCCUGGGGAUUGUAGGGGAUAAGCAAACAUGGAGCAGCGGGCAGACUUUGCCUUUUAUUUGUGUUUCUAGCCCUGCUCUGGGUACUGCCCAUGUUUAGGAGAUGACAGGGUAGGAAGAGAGAAAGGAGAGGCUGCAGGAAGGAAGGAAAGAAGCAUGACACAGGCAGGUGACAUUUGGCCAAGCUAUAUGCACAGCCCUCCAGUUUAAAAUUUUGGUCUGUUUGUGGUUUCCCAAAGUGCUAAUAACACGAGGAAGAGCAGGAGGGGUCAUAACCAGGAACCUCAGGUAACAACCAGGGAGACUUUAGACUGGGGUGAAAACAAUGACAAAUCAUUUCCAAAGGAAGGUGAAAACUGUGGCCGUGUGUUGCUCACUCCAUUGUGUUGACAGAGGACACAGUCUAAACUCUCCAGUCUGCUUCCAGAAGCUCCUGACCAGGAGGCAGCAUCUGGCCCUGUCCAGGCCUCCCAGUGACCUGGACCCACAUCAGGCACGCCCAUGUGGCUCUCCCACAAACAUUUUGGGGAGGCCCUCUCUGUGUAGAGUUGGUUCCAGGCCUGAAAGGGCCAGAAGAGGCUGGGAGAGUUGGUAUUUGAGAUGGGGUAGUUUCUCCAUGAAGCUCGAACAGGUGAUUUAAAGGGCAUUUUUUUGUGGCUUGCUAUUGCUGAAAUCAUUGUACACAACAGCUGGGUAAUAAGACUAGCAUAGCUCAAACUAUUCUGCUAAAAGCUAUCAUCUGACUCCCCCCUCCCACCCCAUCACCUCAAGUCACCUGUAAAUUCAUUUGUCAUCUGAAGCGGAAUAACAAAUUGUCCCUAGCAAAACUGCUGAGAGCUUUAUAAUUUUGUGGUGUAUUUUUGUCAGUAGGUAGCAGAGGCUGAAGUAUUUUUUGGUGUAAUUCUUGAACUUUUCUGACAGGAAACAAAUAAAGAUAGAUGUGUCUGAGA